UCUCUCUCAAUUCUGACAUGGAGAAUGGGAAUCACCAAAUGGUUAUAGAGGAUAGAGACCACAAAUUCUUGACAAGAGCUGUUGAAGAAGCAUAUAAAGGAGUUGAAUGUGGAGAUGGACGACCAUUUGGUGCCCUUGUUGUUCACAAAGAUGAAGUUGUUGUGAGUUGCCAUAACAUGGUUCUAAAUUACACUGAUCCAACUGCACAUGCAGAAAUUACAGCAAUACGAGAGGCAUGUAAAAAGCUGAACCGAAUCGAGCUUUCUGAUUGUGAGAUGUAUUCUUCUUGUGAGCCUUGUCCUAUGUGCUUCGGCGCCAUUCAAAUUUCAAGGAUCAAGAGGCUCGUAUACGGAGCUAAAGCAGAAGCAUCGAUUGCAAGUGGAAUUCCGAUCGGCGAUUUUAUCUCAGAUGCAUUGAAAGGUACUGGUUUUCAUGAGAAGGCUAACUUCGAGAUCAAACAAGCAGAUGGUAAUGGAGCCAUGAUUGCUGAACAAGUCUUUGAAAGAACUAAAGCCAUGUUUCCCAAGCGUUGAUUCAUCUCUCAAA